AUGGUCCGCUCGGUCAGCCGGAGCAAAGGCUGUGCUCUAUGCCUGCAGCGCAAAGUCAAGUGCGAUGAGAAACUGCCGCAAUGCUCCCAAUGCCAACGGAUGCGACGGCCUUGUCCGGGUCCGCAGACAGGCUCGAUCUUUGUCCAUGCCGUGCCAACGGAACGCGGUCCAAAGGCCGAAAAGGCCAGGGUUCGGGGUUCGACCGCCUAUCAAGAGUUCCUCGUAGCGGCUGCUCCGCUGGUAAGACAGCUUCAGUCUGCAACCACAGCUGCUGCAGCGUCCCCCAUUACAUACCAACCGUCUGUUGUUCCGGCAUUCGACCAGCUCUUUCUGUCAACCUUUAUCGAUUCGUUUGCUAAACCUAGCGCUGGUUCUGAGCCUCAUCAGUCAUGGAUGAAGCACCUCCACGAGUUUCUGGUCACGGGUGAUGCGCCACUCAAGCACUCGAUACGAGCCGUGGCCACGGCCUUUCAUAGUAGAAUGGCGGGGAAUCCGGCCGCUCAACGUGCAGCGCAGCAUUGUUACGUUGCCGCUUUACAAAGUCAGCGAGCCAGGAUAGCUCCUUUUUUGAACGGUCCUUCUCCUCUAUAUGUACCUGAUGACCAGGAAAUCUUUACAUCAAUGAUGCUGCUGUACUUUGAGCUUAUCAAUCCGUCUUCGACUGCCAGCUGGCUCAAGCACAUGCACGGAGUUAUAAACUUGCUGGUGCUACGCGGACCAAACAGCUGCCAAACUGGCUCACUACAUCUUCUCUUUCGUUCAUUGAGGUUUCUCGAGGCCUACGUCUCCUUUCGAAAACGAAAAGCCUCAGUCUUUGCAUCCGAAGAAUGGCGCACCAUCCCUUUUGCGACAUCCGGUAAAAGCGAUAUAGACAGACUGAUUGACAUUCUUCUUUUGGCACCGCAUCUUUUAAAAAAUAAGGCGUCCGAUGGACUAUCCUUCACUCCAUGGUCCACCGUUUCCGUCGAAGAACUUUCAGCUCAGUUGAGCGCCUUCAGUGAGCGAUAUAUGCAGAGUAUUCUGGCUGCGCAAGAAACUACACAGAAUAUGAUUGAAAGCUCUGACGAGAGUACGGAAGAUGAGUGCAGCGAGUGCAACGGCUGGAUCGACGGCGGAGGUGACUUUUGCACAUCGAUGCCCGAGUCUUUGUUCUAUUCUGCCAAGAUCAUCAUCGACUACAUCACCUUCGGAGAGAACGCGAAGGCCCACGUGGAUGUUCUCGCGGCUGAGCAAUUGGUCUAUUCGUCUUUGUUGUUUCGAAUCGCCGAGUUGGCCAAGGAAGGAGGGGAGAUGCAGGUUAAUGUUGGGACUUGCGUACAGCUGGCGUUUAGUCUUGAAGUUGUAGAGUCGUUCGGCCUAUCAACUGCCUGUAAGGAGCAGGCUCGGCUUCAUUUGAGGCAGCUGGGGUGGGAGAAUGUGUCACUAGUUGUUUAA